AUGGACUCUGAAAGUCGACGGAAAAUCGAGGAUACGGUUUUGGACAUAUUGAGAAAAACCAACUUGGAGGAGAUGACUGAGUUCAAAGUCCGAGAGGUAACCUCGGAGCAACUCGGAAUCGAUUUCUCUGAUACAGAGCACAAGAGCUUCGUGAGAAGCGUGAUCGAAAGGUUCCUGCUAUCGGCUCCGGAUACCGAGGUGAACGCUCGGGAGGAGCUCAUGGAGACGAAUGUGCAAGAAGAGCAGGGCACGAGGUCGAAGAAGGAGGUGAAUGAGGACGGACACCGUGUUAUUUGCAAGCUAUCUAACAGGAAAACUGUGGUGAUUAACGAUUUCAAAGAGAAAACUUACGUGUCCUUCAGAGAAUUUUAUCAAAAAGAUGGAAAGCAACUUCCUACCGCCAAAGGAAUUAGCUUGCCAACUGAACAAUGGGCAGCGUUCAAAAAGAGUGUCCCUGCAAUAGAGGAAGCCGUUAAAAAGAUGGAAUCAAAGAUAAGAUCUGAACUUGACAGUAAACGAACUGAAAAUGGUAAGCAAACUGAAGAUGGUAAGCAAACUGGAGACGGUGUGCAAACUGAAGACAUGUCUAAUUCAUUAAAUGGUAUUGCUCCUCAACAACUUGUUACCAUUGAGACUAGCCGUUUUGAUGGGAAAAACUACCCAUUCUGGGUGGAACAGAUGGAGCUUCAGUUGAAGCAAUUAAAGAUUGCAUAUGUGCUCUUUGAGCCAUGCCCAAGCAGUAUGCUUGGCCCGGAAGCAAGUAGUGAAGAAAUUGCUCAUUCAAAGGCUGCUGACCGGAAAUGGGUGAAUGAUGAUUCCGUGUGUCGUCGUGGCAUCUUAAACGCUCUAUCUGAUGAUCUGUUUUAUCUUUACUCAAAGAAAACCAUGACUGCUAAAGAGCUGUGGGAAGAUCUAAAGCUAAUAUAUCUUUUUGAGCAAUUUGGAACAGAUAGAACUCGAGUUAAAAAGUACAUCGAAUUUGUGAUGCUCGAGGGGAAAUCAAUUGUGGAGCAAGUUGAAAUUUUUAAUAGGCUUGCUGAUUCCAUUGUAGUUGAUGCGCGAGGAGCAUCUACCUUUUGCAAUGUUGAUGGAACGUUUGAGGGUCGAAGAAGAGAUGCGUAUUAG